CGUGCGUCCUCCUUUUGAGAGGCUUCUCCGUCAUGGGGCCGCGAAAAGAUAUGAAACUGAAGAAAUCAAGUUUCAAGUAUAACCUCGAUCUUACCCAUCCUGUAGAAGAUGGGAUAUUUGAUUCAGCAAACUUUGAACAGUUUCUGAAGGAAAAAGUUAAAGUCAAUGGAAAAACAGGAAACCUGGGAAAUGUAGUUCACAUUGAACGCUUUAAGAACAAGAUCACAGUGACAUCUGAACGGCAGUUCUCAAAAAGGUACCUUAAGUAUCUCACAAAAAAGUACCUCAAAAAGAACAAUCUCCGUGACUGGCUGCGUGUGGUUGCCUCAGACAAGGAGACCUACGAACUGCGGUAUUUCCAGAUCAGCCAUGAAGACGAAGAGUCUGAAACAGAAGAAUAAAAUGAGCUUUCAUGAAGAUCGUUACUUAACUUGACAAGCAGAGUGUGCAAAGAAGCCAUCUAUUUAUGAGACUGUUUAACUUAUUACCAAAUUUUACAAGUUGUACACUGACUUUUAGAUCUAUGUGGGCAGCCAAGAUGUGAUGCACUUCAAAAUUUGCAUUAAAAAGCUAUCCUGAUGUA